AUGAUGCCUCUAAGACCGUCAAAAAGCGCCCUGCGCUCCAUUCACCUGCAGAGGCAGCUUGCCUCGGGGCGUCGACCUUUUUCCACUGCCUUUGUGGCCUCGGCCUCGCCCCACCGCCCUUUCGGUCAGAAGCGCAGUCAGAGCACAGCUACCGCAUCGGCAUCUGGCUCACGCCCCGUGCCGAGCCCGGCAUUCAACCAAGAACCUCACCGGAAUGAGGUCUCGCCUCUCCAAAACCGCCAGCUCCCGGAGCUCGAUGACUCAAUGGUCGGCAUGAGCGGUGGAGAAAUUUUCCAUGAGAUGAUGCUUCGCCUUGGUGUGAAGCAUAUCUUUGGAUACCCGGGUGGUGCCAUUCUGCCCGUGUUCGAUGCCAUCUACAACUCGAAACACUUUGAUUUCAUUCUCCCCAAGCAUGAGCAAGGUGCCGGUCACAUGGCGGAGGGCUAUGCUCGUGCAUCUGGAAAGCCCGGCGUCGUCCUGGUCACCUCCGGUCCCGGAGCAACCAAUGUCAUUACUCCUAUGCAAGAUGCCAUGUCUGAUGGCACCCCAAUGGUUGUCUUCUGUGGUCAGGUCGUGACCAGCGCCAUUGGUACUGACGCUUUCCAAGAGGCCGACGUGGUCGGUAUCUCUCGGGCAUGUACGAAGUGGAACGUGAUGGUCAAGUCUGUUGCUGAACUUCCCCGUCGCAUUCAAGAAGCAUUCGAUAUCGCCACCAGUGGCCGCCCGGGUCCCGUUCUGGUCGAUCUGCCCAAGGAUAUCACCGCUGGCAUCCUUCGCAAGUCCAUCCCCAUGCAGAGCACUAUCCCGUCCCUCCCCAGCGCAGCAACCAUGGCCGCCCGCGAGAUGGGCAAGAAGCAGCUCGAUGCCACCAUCUCCAAGGUCGCCCGCCUGGUCAAUGCCGCCAAGAAGCCCGUUCUCUAUGUUGGUCAGGGUAUCCUCGCUCGUCCGGAUGGCCCCCAGGUCUUGAAGGAGCUGGCGGACAAGGCUUGCAUUCCCGUCACCACUACCCUUCAGGGUCUCGGCGGGUUCGAUGAGCUGGAUCCCAAGUCUCUUCACAUGCUCGGCAUGCACGGUUCGGCAUAUGCCAACAUGGCCAUGCAGGAGGCCGACCUGAUCAUUGCCGUUGGUGCUCGGUUUGACGACCGUGUUACUCUUAGCAUCCCCAAGUUUGCGCCCCAGGCGAAGUUGGCGGCUGCUGAGGGCCGUGGAGGUAUCGUGCACUUCGAAAUCAUGCCCAAGAACAUCAACAAGGUUGUUGAGGCCAAUGUUGCCGUGGAGGGUGAUUGUGCUGAGAACCUCGCCCUGCUUUUGCCCCAUGUCCACGCCGUCAAGGAGCGUCCCGAAUGGUUCGAGCAGAUCAACGACUGGAAGGCCCGCUUCCCUCUGUCUUUGUACGAGCGCCAGAGCGAAAAUGGCACCAUCAAACCGCAGCACCUGAUCGAGACGCUCAGCAAGCUCACCGCUGACCGGAAGGACAAGACCAUCAUCACCACCGGUGUCGGACAGCACCAAAUGUGGGCUGCCCAGCACUUCCGCUGGCGCCACCCGCGGACCAUGAUCACCUCGGGUGGUCUUGGUACUAUGGGCUACGGUCUGCCUUCGGCCAUUGGUGCCAAGGUGGCUCGUCCUGAUUGCUUGGUCAUUGAUAUCGAUGGUGAUGCUUCGUUCAACAUGACCCUGACCGAGCUGUCCACGGCUGCUCAGUUCAACAUUGGCGUGAAGGUUCUUCUGCUCAACAACGAGGAGCAAGGAAUGGUCACCCAGUGGCAAAACCUCUUCUACGAGGAUCGGUACUCGCACACCCAUCAGCAGAACCCCCACUUCGUCCCUCUGGCCCGCUCCAUGCGUGUUGCCGCUGAGCAGGUCUCAAAUCCCGCCGAGGUUGAGGAGAAGCUGAAGUGGCUGAUUGAGCACGAUGGCCCUGCCCUGCUGGAGGUCAUCACUGACAAGAAGGUCCCUGUCCUCCCCAUGGUGCCGGCCGGUAGUGGUCUACACGAGUUCUUGGUUUAUGAUGAAGCUAAGGAAAAGGAGCGCAAGGCCCUGAUGCGGAAGCGGGGUGUGAACUUUUGA